AGUUUCAGAGGGAUAGUGAGAGAGGACGAGAGAAGUGGGGGAGGAGGGGAGAAUGGUGAGAGGAGGAUUUUGUUAAGACUACCAGCAGACCGACGAGCCUGAAUGCCAUGGGUAUGCCUGAACGACAGUUGGUGGGCUGAUAUAAACUGGAACAGCACGAAGCUGAACAGUUUCCCCAUUGAACAGGAUCUUCUCCCAUAGUGGAUUUAAAGGCCAAAGUAGUAAAGCAUGAUGCAGAGGGAGGAUGAGUCUGCACGGGAGGAGUUUAGCUACACUCAUAUUCCCACCCUGGAGCGAGCAAGUGGCGGUGGCACACUGGGUCGACGGCUGGACAGAGAGAGGGACAGAGUGGAAAGGGACAGCUACAUAGUGGAUGUAAGAGCCAGUGAUUUGGAGUUGGACCAGGCUGAGCCGUUACAUCCAUGUUUCAGUUACCGAGCCUGGCUAUACAGCAUCCUUAUAGGGUGUAGUCUGCUGAUCACAGCAGGUUUCUCUCUUUACCUGGGCAAUGUGUUUCCUGAUGCAAUGGACUACUUACGUUGUGCAGCUGGAGCGAGUAUCCCAGCUGCAGCAGUGAGCUUCGCUAUCGCCACAAACUGGCGAGUUGCAGUGUCGGAUUUUCAACUGGUCUACGUGUCCACAUUUGCUGUGACAACCACAUGCCUAGUAUGGUUUGGCUGCAAGCUGGUUCUUAGCCCAUCAGCCAUCAACAUCAACUUUAACCUGAUCCUGCUUACUCUGCUAGAAGCCCUCAUGGCCAGUACUGUCAUCCUGUCAGCUCGCUCCGUAGAGGAUUGCUGCAGCCACAGCAAGCAAGGAUAUAAUGGCCCUGUGGCUGUGAGUCCUCCUAAAUUUCCUUCACGUCUUCUCAAAGCUUAUGCUGUGAUAGAGGUGAUACUUGGGAUCUCUGCAGUAUUCGGUGGUAUUAUUGCCCUCAACAUGGAUGCUCUGCUCCCAGGGCCUUACAUCUCUGUGACAUUUUUCUGGAUUCUCGUGGCUUGUUUCCCGAGUGCCAUAGCCAGUCAUGUGGUGUCAGAAUACCCCAAAAAAUGCCUGGUGGAGACAUUGAUUGCCAUCAGCAGUGUCACAUCACCACUGCUGUUCUCUGCCUCUGGCUUUUUGUCUAACAGUGUGUUGAGUUUUAUUGAGAUCUUCCAGCAUGAGGUUCCCAUAGCCAAGCAAUCAUAUGACAUCCUCCUGUUGAUUCUGAUGGUACUGCUGCUGGUUCAGGCAGGCCUAACGCUGGCCACUGUGGUACACUGUGCCUCUUAUAAGGGUCAGCUGCGUAUAGGAGCACCAGAGUGGGAUGACAAUCAACUGGAUCCACACCAGUAUGAGCAGGGAUCCUGUGGCACACUGCAAGAGUUUGACAAAGAGAAGGCCUGGAAGGCAGUGGUAGUGCAAAUGGCCCAGUGAGCACAAGCACAGGGAGUAAAGAGAACAAACUAGAAAUGAAAAAUAAAUGUGAGUGGAGGAGGACAUUGGAAGGUGAGGGUAAUGAAAGGAUAAGGGAAAGAGAGCACACAAACAUGGGAAACUGGAGGAGGACAUAACAAAGAAGGAGGAGGAGGUCGGUAAUGGUUCAUGAAUUUGUCAGUGUGCCCUUGUCAAGGGAGAUAAUGCCAUUUAUUGCAUAGAUUAUUUGUGUUAAAAAUACAAAGGUAUCAAGGAUUUAAAACAGGCAAUGACCAUAUAGCUGGUCUUAUCAGUCAUGUAAAAAGAAUCAUCAUCAUGACUGUUCAGAAUUUUGUGAAAAAAAUCAGCUGAGAUUGUUGGGGUUUUAACAGAAGAAAAACACUAAUGAUGUAUGCAUUUAUAUAAACCUGGAUUCAUAUUAAAAUAAGAGAACACUUGUCAAGGAAUUUACUUAAACUUUAGAUUCCAGCUAUUGCUAUAUAGCAUGCAUAAAUGUAGGAAACUACUGACUACAUUUACGGUAUAUGUCUGCUAGGGGUGUAACGGUAUUCGUACUGAAAUUUUACGGUACAGGGCUUUCGGUUUAGUACACACAUUCCGGAUGCAAUACUUUUUCGGUGUGGAACAAAGUUACAAUCCCUCAGGAUUGUAUUAAGUGGUUGACCGCAAGUUUGUUUAGUUUUUACCUCGCACUUUGAGCACAUUUUUUAUUACUAUUAUCAAACUUGUAAACAUACACAACAAUGCCAGGGGUAUAGGAAAGGAACUAGAGUUAGCGCAGUGUCACUGUGGCUACACACUCCGUACCUGAAAAAAGAUUUGUAUAUUAAAAGGGGAAAAUCCUGUCAAUUCUGCAUAUCGAGGGAGUGGAUGGAUGAUACUGUAGAUGGAAGGAAUGAAGACAUUUGUUAAAGUAUGCUGAAUUAAGCAGAACAGUUAAGUAAGUCAUAUUUUUAGAAAAUGUAAUAUUAAA